AUGGCUGGUGCAAACCCUUAUGGCCUGGUUCCCUCGGGUACCUGGUCUGGUGGUUGGGUUCAUUAUCCUGCUGGACAUUUUUCUAUGCUUUGCAGUGCUUCUAUCAGUCGUGAGAUACCAUCGACUAAUCAGACUCCGAUGAAUAGCAACGCCCGCUUCCGGGGCCAAGCCGCCAAACCGCCGGGCUCGAACAAGUCUCCAACGUCCUCAACCGCUGGUCAGCCUACGUCACCGACCGUUUCUCAGGGAAGCCAGUCAUCCACCAACUUGGCUCCGAAAGUCCCGCCUCUGCCCAACUCUCCUUCGCUCGCCCACUCCAUUGGCAUGGACGACCAGGGUGGCUUGUCCGACGGCGACGGCCUUCUCGGCUCCUACCAUCUGCCACGGCCUAUGCCCAUCUGGCUGAACUCCAACUAUGGCAAGCAUAUCGUCAAGGGCAACUUUAUGACUCUGAGUGCGAGACCCAAGACGGUCGAACAGGGCGAGUGGAUCGCGCAUCAAGUGGUUGAGCACUACCGCAACCUCUGGAACUUCGUUCGUGUUCUCCACGAGAAGGAGGAAGAUGGCUCGACGAUCUGCAACGGCACUACGUGUCCCAGGAUGUCCGCCGGAGCGAACCACUCAUUCACUUGGCUUAACAGCCGUCGGGAACCUGUCGAGCUUCCUGCCGCCGAAUACAUGACUCUUAUGCAGAGAUGGAUCUCAGGCAAGAUUGACGACACCAACAUCUUCCCGACCGACCCCUCGGGCGUCUCGUAUGCGCACAACGCAAACAUCACCACCACGCCCCUCUCACAGCUCACAAACCCUGGUGAGCCCGACUGGAUCGGCAAGCGAUCAGGUUUCCCGCAGAAUUUCAUUGACGUCUGCCAAACCAUCUUCCGCCAGAUGUUCCGCGUCUACUCUCACCUCUACUGGGCUCAUUUCACCGAGCCUUUCUACCACCUCAACCUUGAGAAGUCCCUCAACAGUUGCUUCAGCCACUUCAUCCUGACCGCCACUGCUCUCGACAUGCUCAAGCCUCAUGAGCUCGAGCCCAUGCAGCCGCUAAUCGACCUUUGGGCUGCCAACGGCACCUUUCCACCCGAGUCCAAGGCUUACGAGUAUGCCAAUCUCCGCGCUGGCGAGCGCCUGAUGCAACUUGCCGGCGUUUGA